AUGGAGAACGUUCUUGACGACAUCUCCCACCGGAGAUAUAACCCUCUGCGUGGCUCGCACAUUCUCGUCUCUCCCCACCGAACCAAGCGCCCUUGGCAAGGUGCUCAAGAGAGUCCCUCGAAGACUACUCUUCCUGACUAUGAUCCCAAGUGCUACUUGUGCCCUGGCAACGAGCGCGCCCAGGGUGACACCAACCCCAAGUACGACAGCACUUUUGUCUUUGUCAACGACUAUAGCGCCGUGAAGGAGGAGCAGGCUCCUUAUGACAACAGCAAUGAUGAUGACAUCGAAAAGCGCUUCUUGAAGGCCGAGCCCGUGACGGGCAAGUGCUACGUCCUGACCUUUUCUGCCGCUCACAACCUCACGCUUGCCGACUUGGCUCCUAUUGAGAUCGUUCCCGUGAUCAAUGCCUGGACUGAGAUCUAUGCCGCUCAUCUGUCGCCAACUUCUCCCUUGGCAAAGCUUGCGCCGCCCACCCACGUCCAGCCGGUCAACCACCACGGCAACAUUUCCAAGCCCAAGGAGCAGUACCGCUACAUGCAGAUCUUUGAGAACAAGGGUGCCGCUAUGGGCUGCUCCAACCCUCACCCUCACGGUCAGGUUUGGACCACCAGCACUCUGCCCGAGGAGCCUGCCGCCGAGCUCGAGCAGCUGCGCCGCUACCGCAGCGAGCACGGUGGUAGCCACCUGCUGGAGGACUACGCAGAGCUUGAGAGCCGUAAGCAGGACCGUGUGGUCUUUGAAAACGAGGGCUUCGUCGUCGUCUGCCCGUGGUGGGCUACCUGGCCCUUUGAGACCAUGAUCAUCAGCCGCACACACAAGCGCGCUCUUGUUGAUCUAUCUGAUGCCGAUAGAACCCUCCUCGCCGAGGCCAUUGCCGAGAUCACCCGCCGCUACGACAAUCUCUUCGAGACUCACUUCCCCUACAGCAUGGGUAUCCACCAGGCUCCUCUGGACGGUACUCAAGAAGAAGUGGAUGCUUCUUACCUGCACCUGCACUUCUACCCGCCUCUUCUGCGCAGCGCUACUGUUCGCAAGUUCCUGGUCGGCUAUGAGCUGAUGGCUGAGCCUCAGCGUGAUAUCACGCCCGAGCAGGCUGCUGCUCGACUCCGUGGCUGCGGAGGUGAGUUGUACCGCAAGAAGAUGGAGUAG